AUGUUACAGGCACUCACAAUGUCGAGUGGGAAGAAGAGGAACCCUCUGGGGUUGUCGUUACCUCCAACUGUAAAGGAAGAAGGUAGCGGCCUCUCAGAUACGCCAGAGAACAAACCCGAGUUGGCCGCUCAUCUGCAGAGCUUGGUGUUGUCGGAGCCGCAGGUGGAGCGGAUGAACGAAUGGAAAGAUCAGAAGAAACAGGUGAGUUAAUUUUGUUUUUGUUUGUGUUUUAGGUAGGAUAACAUUGAAAAGGAGUAAAAAAAGAUAAAUUGGCGUGAGUUAACUCUUGAGUUAUUGUGAAAAAUUAGUUGAACUUCUGAACGAUUAAAGACAUGAAAUUAAAGUAGACAUAUGCCGUAGUUUAGCUCUUUUGAUAUCUGGAGUUUAUAUUAUUUACAAUAUUUGCCGUGUUCAAUUGCACUCGUAUCAAAUACGUUGGAUGUCGUAUUUAUUUUAUUCUUUGGUUAAUGUUGUCUUUUUUGAAAGUUAUAGUUAAUUAGGUAACAAAGAUGAAAAAUAACUUAACACUAAAUAGCAAUAUUGACCUAAAAUAGCAGCAAAAUUAAUAAAACAAGCACCAUAACUUACAAUUGUAUUAAUCUUAUUAUUUUGAGUAUCCAAAAUAGUGCUGUAAGCCAAUCUACCUCACAAAAUCACCCAUUUACCACACUAAAUCAUAAUAUUGUGAUAACUAAUAUAACACUAAACGAUCCUCGUAAAUUUAACCACUAAACCGUAUUUUAGGUCAGUCCGUAUGAUUUAAACUUUCUUCGGGGUGUUAUUGAUGUGGCUUUUUCUUACUGGACGCCCAUCUGGAAGCGGAUUAAUUUUUUCAGCCCUAUUGUAAGGUUAAAAUAACUCUACUGCCAUUGUUUUCUUCAGCUUUACUUUAGUUCCAUUUUGGUGUGCUUGUCGUAUCUUUUUGAGUUGAGUCGGGUGUGAGUGAAGAGUGCUUACUGUAACAUUCUGCUGUCGAAAAAGUUUGAAAUUCUUGAAAAUAGGUGUUGGAGAUGACAAAAAUAUUUGAUGACUUUUGGUCAUUAAAAUAGUUGGAAAAUGUCCAAAGUCUUUUAGGCGACAUAAUAUCUAUCGGUAUUUUUUAAAUGACAUUAUUAUAAUUUUUUAGGCAGUAAAAACUACUAGUAUAAUCGUUGGGACUAAUACAAUAGUCCUUUUGAAGCCUGUAACUUAAGGUUUAAUAUAAAAAGUACUUCAAAUUUACCAAAAUCCUGCCAACUGUUACCUAUUCCUAUUGAUAACAACGUGUUUUACUUUACUUUUCGCUAACAUUUACGGUUUAAACGUUUUAUAAUGGUUCUGGCUACCAUAUGCUAGCUUACCUCACUGUAACUUUUCCAGAUUGGUGAGCUAAAAGAAGAACAACUAGACAGGAUAUGUGAAUUAGGUCAUGGCAAUGGCGGCGUCGUCCACAAAAUGCGUCAUCGUGAGAGCGGACUGAUCCUGGCGAGGAAACUUGUUCAUCUGGAGGUGAAGCCGUCUGUCAGAAAUCAGAUUUUGAAGGAGUUGGAAGUGCUACACAAAUGCAAUUCACCGUACAUCGUCGGCUUCUACGGUGCCUUCACCAACAACAAUGACAUAUCGAUUUGUAUGGAGUAUAUGGAUGGGCUGUCGCUCGACAUUGUGUUACAGCACAACCGUAGAAUAUCAGAGAAAUGGGUAGGACGCAUCGCCGUCGCUGUUAUCAAAGGCCUGACGUAUCUAAAAGAACAGUUCAAUAUACUGCACAGAGGUAAGGUUCGAUCUAUUUCAUGUUACAUCUUAUUUUAAUAGUUAAUCUAGAUUAGUUCGAAGAAUAAAAUAGGAAGUCUUGAUGUGUUUUACAAUUAGAGUUAACAUCUAUGAAUGAAAUAGUUAUAUAAUCUAUUUUAAUGCCGUUGCAGAUGUGAAACCGUCGAAUAUGCUGGUCAAUUCGAGGGGAGAGAUCAAGUUGUGCGACUUUGGAGUGUCGUGUAUGUUAAUAGACUCCAUGGCUAAUUCUUUUGUUGGAACACGGUCUUAUAUGGCGGUAAGUGGCAAUACAUAAUCAUUGCAAUGUCAACCUAAUUCAAUUUAUCAUUAUGUUUACCUGACAAUCUUAAAAAGUUGAUUUUUAUUGUAAAUGUAAAGGAAUUAAAGCGUAUGUAAUGUUUUUAUCCUACAGAGUGCUUCAGUAAUUCAAAAAUUUUGUUCUAGCCGGAACGACUAACAGGCACCCGCUACAGUAUACGAUCUGACAUCUGGAGUUUUGGUUUGUCAUUAGUUGAGCUCUCGAUCGGCAGGUACCCGAUCCCUGCCCCAAGUGUGACAGAAUGUUCCAAGAUCUUUGGAGUCUCUCCAGAUACUGUGAGGUUUGAUGUGCCAGUAGAAGAAGAUAAUCCAGAUGGAGAACCGAAAGUCAUGGCUAUCUUCGACUUUCUAGAGUAUAUUGUUAAUAAGGUAAGCGUUGAUUGUGCCUGUGUUGCACUGUAUUUUAUCUUUCUAAUUUAUUGCAAUGAAUGUAAAGGUGACUAUAUUCAUGUUUUUUGCUUCAGAAUCCGCCACAACUGCCCCGAGGCCUGUUCUCCGACAAUUUUGUGGACUUUGUGAACAAAUGUCUGGCGAAGAAUGUGGCCGAGCGUGCCGACCUCACCGUGCUGAUGCAGGAGCCAUUCUUCCGCGAAAGUGAUACCCAAUCUGAUAACGGGGAGUUCGCGCUAUGGGUGCAGGAAGUGAUCCGCCUCAAGGCCGAGAAGGAAGCCGCCGCCCAGAAUUGA